UUCGGGGGCAUUUCGUUUAUGCGGAAAGUAUCUUUUUAAACACGAUAAUAAUGUCAGUCAAUGACCCAUUGUUAAAAGAUUUAAAAGGCUCAGUAUUAGGCCUCAUUGAGAAUAUCAACGGUAAUUGCUUUAUUCUGGACUCAAAUGUCGGUCUUAUUGAGUUCUGCAUUUUAAUUGAAAAAGUUUUUUCGUAUGGUCUCAAUGCUCAAGGAAAUUUUGUCUUUACAAGACAAACAGAAGCCUGGUCAUGGCUUGAAAGUUCAGUUAAUAACGAUAAUGAUAUUGCAUCUUUUAAAUACUCAAGUGCAGUUAAAUUUGUUAAGCAAGAAGAAUGUCUUAGUACAAACAAAGGCAGAUUAAGAGCUCUUAUCAGAUAUUGUUUAAACGAUGGUUGUCUUUAUGUACCAGUAAAACAUUUUGUAAGAGACUCAAAAAGUAAAGCAAUUAUUUAUAAACAGAAUUCAAUUCUUGGUGACGAAAUAUUAAGUGAAAUAUUUCUCUCAGUUUUACUUCAAGUUAGUAAAAUUAAAUUUAAAUUGGAUGCAAGUAACACUUCAUUUCUGGAUUAUACCUGGGACUUACCAGAAGUCCUUAAACUUGAAUUGGUUCCAUGUAAAAGUUUAGGUAUUAGUGUCAGUUUUGUGCAAGAGAAGGCACUCAUUGUUCAUAUUCAGUCAAGCAGUGUAUUGGCUGAAAAUGCUAAUGUUUGUGUGGGAGAUGUACUGGAUUCUUUGAAUGGAGUUCACAUUUGUUCAUCAGUAAAAGGGAAAUUAAAUUCGAUUGUAAGGAAUAGCCGAGGACAACCGGUUCUAGUAAAAAUAGUCAAAGUACGAAAUAGUAAAACAAAUGAUUUGUUUUCACCUAUCGUUGCUUUGAUGAAACAGUUAAAACUUGACCCUGGUAUCAGUUUCAAUAGUAGCCAAGAUAAGGGCAGCGGGAGAAAGAAUAAAAAUAGUAGCACUGGAUUCAGUGCGAAAUAUGUUGGGUCAUCAUAUAUUGGAAUGCUUGGUAAUACAAGACAAAUUGAUAUCGCAUACAAAAAUUUAUUAUCGCCAUUUCGUCAAAGCGAAACUGACAAGGAAAGAAAAAUUGUCAAAAAAUUUGUUAACAUAGAAAUUGGAGAGUUGGGAGUAAAAGUGUACGAUUGCGAAACUUCUCAGGUGAUAUUACAACACUCAUUUAUGGAAAUAUCUGCAUGUGGUUCUGUAACAUUAAUGCCCAAUUAUUUCGCGUACAUCGUGGGCGAUGGUUACUGCGACGUGGCAACCGAUUUUACGUGUCACAUUUUUUAUUCCAAAGACAUCGAUCUUGUUUUUACGCUUUUACAAAGUAUUGGUCAGGGAUUUCGUCGAACUCAUUAUGCUGUGUGAUUUGUUUUAAACAAAAUAGAACCGUUUUGUAUUUAUAUUAAUUUAUAUGUGUAUAAGUAGGUAUUUACUGAUGUUUUAUAUUAAAUUUGUUAUUAUAUAUCAGCACGUACAGUACAUAUCUACAAGAAUACCUAAUAGUAACAAUAAACAGA